CUCUAAACCAGUAGGCUCUAUCUCUUCAUUCCUCAUAGCUUCAGCCAUGAAUGACACAGUAGAUAAGCUUGUUGUCUUCCUAGCAAAGAGAGAUGGCAUAGACAAGCUAGUCAAGACUUUUCAGUAUGUCUCUAAGCUUGUUCAUUGGCACGUUGAGACUACCCACCCAGACAUUGCUCAAAGAUUCAAACAGUGGGAGGUAUCAUCUGGACUCGGUCGUAAAGCUUUUCGAACAGGUCGUUUCCUCACUGGCUUCAAUGGUCUCCGCCGAAACCCAGGCUCUACCCCAACCUUCCGUUUCCUUGCUGUUCUUGCUAAUGCUGGAGAGAUGGUCUACUUCUUCUUCGAUCACUUCCUAUGGUUGUCGAGAAUUGGAGCGAUAGAUACAGGGCUAGCCACGAAGAUGAGCUUCAUUUCAGCCUUUGGAGAGUCUUUGGGUUAUGUAUUCUUCAUCAUAUCUGACUUCAUUAUCAUCAAACAGGGAAUUGAGGCACAACGAAGGCUCCUUCUGCAGCCACCUGCAGGGUCAAAAGAAGGAAACAUUACAGAGAAAGAUAUGAAGACAGAGGAAAUUUUAAGGAAGAUCAGAGCUGAUAGGGUGAUGAGGUUGAUGGCUGUGGCUGCCAAUGUUGCUGAUCUAAUUAUUGCAUUGGCAGACAUUGAGCCUAAUCCAUUCUGCAACCAUGCUGUCUCACUGGGUAUUAGUGGGUUAGUCUCUGCAUGGGCUGGUUGGUAUAGAAACUGGCCUUCUUGAAGUAACCCAAUGGUCUUGACAUGAUGAGCUGAGGGCCUGAGGCUAGGGGGAAGAAAUCUGAAGCAUAUCUACCAAAGAAAUUGUGGGUGUUUUUAUACUAUUGAUACCAUGCUAAUUCAGCUUGUAAGAUUUGUAAGCAACUGUUCGUAA